GCAACCUCCUGGUUCCUAGUCAGAUUCGUUAACCACUGCACCACGACGGGAACUCCGACACAUGAGAUUUUUAAAUAGGAAGACUCAAUUUGUUCAUUUUCAAAAAUUCUGCUUUCCUAUGGAGAAAGGAUAGGAGAACAAGAUUGAUGGCAAGGAGAUUAGGAGGCUACUGCAUAUCAGCUAGAGCUGGUAUGAAUUGAACUUGGCAGUGGAGAUGGAGGGUAGUGGAUUAAUUCAAAAUCAACAAGACCCAGUGAUUGAAUGGAUGUAAGAAGUUGGAAGAGAAAUCAAAGAUAAGCCCCAGGCUUCAGACCUGGACAACUGAGUGGAUGGUGAUGUCUGUCCUUACAGCCUCAGGGACAUUGUUAUUUUGGCUACAGUUUGACUUCUUGGCUUUUUGGACUUUGUGGGACCAGCUGCUCUUUAGUCAUCAUGCUGUUUGUUGACAUCAGUGCAUGCAUCUAUCUUCACAAAGGCACAUGGUGUGAAGGCAGUUGCCUUUAAACCUACAGUAUUGGCUUUGUCUCUACCUGUGGAAAGGUGGGUAGGUGGUGACUCCCAAGAUCAUGGCCACCUGGUGAUCUGUAUUCUUUCUUUGCUUGGAGAACUGGGAGGGCAUCUCUUCCUUUAAAGAACAUGGAACAACAGAGUCAGGUUUUCUGUCACUCUGCUAUAAAAUCUUCAAAUGAUACAAGCUCCUCACCUUCAAUUUACUCAUCUUCAAAGAAGAGACAGUUCCUCACCUGUCUCCUUACAAACGCACAUUAUGGCAGCCUCAUUAAUGCAGAUGGCCAUGCCGAAGUGUGGACAGAUUGGAAUGACAUGUCCAAGUUUUUCCAGUAUGGGUGGAGAUGCACCACUAAUGAGGACACCUAUUCGAACCGCACCCUGAUGGGGAACUGGAACCAGGAAAGAUAUGACCUAAAGAGUAUUGUGCAGCCCAAACCCUUGCCUUCCCAGUUUGGACACUACUUUGAAACAACAUAUGAUGCAAGCUACAACAACAAAAUGCCACUCUCUACCCAUAGGUUUAAGCGAGCACCUCACUGGUUCCCAGGACAUCAACCUGAGCUGGUCCCUCCUCCAUACAAAUGCACAGAAAAGUCAACAUAUAUGAGUAGCUAUUCAAAGCCUCAUAUUGAGCAUCACUCUGUGUGUGUGUGGAAUCCUAAUAACUGCCAAUUUCAGGGUCCAUGAUUCUAAGAAAGAAUAAGUUUCAUUUUUCCAGUGUGAAAUGUAGGAAGGAGCACAUUCUAAGGACAGCUAAGGAUUUAUCUGACUGUAGCACAGUUUUACUCUCUAAGUAAAUAAAACACAAAAGAUA